AUCUCGUGAUGAACGGACGCAAGGUGUCGGUCGGAUCUCGAAAGAGUGAAUUGGCAAUGAUUCAAACGCGUUCAGUCGUACGAGCUCUUGAAAACAUUUAUCCCGACUGCACGUACGAAAUCAGUGGAAUAUCAACAACAGGAGAUAAAAUCCAGGAUGUGGCAUUAUCCAAAAUAGGCGAAAAAAGUCUGUUCACGAAGGAGCUAGAAGUUGCACUAGACGACAAAAGGGUAGACUUCGUUGUUCAUUCUCUCAAAGACAUGCCAACAACUUUAGCUCCCCGUAUGAUCAUGUGUGCAGUCUGUAAGAGAGAGGAUCCUCAAGAUGCUCUCGUUCUGCAUUCUAAGCAUGAUGGAAAGAAUUUAGCUGACCUUCCUGAGGGCAGUAGGCUAGGAUCAUCAUCUCUACGCAGAGCUGCUCAACUCAAACGACAAUUUCCUCACUUGGAAUUUUGUGAUAUUCGUGGCAAUCUGAAUACGAGACUGAGGAAGUUGGAUGAAGAUGGGCAGUACGAUGGGAUCGUGUUAGCAGUUUCUGGUUUGGAAAGGAUGGGUUGGAAGCACAGGAUUUCUCAUGUUCUUACACCUGAUGUGUGUUUGUAUGCAGUCAGUCAAGGGGCAUUGGCAGUCGAGGCUCGAGAAGAUGAUAUUGAGAUUCACACGAUGCUGUCUCCUCUGACUCACAUAAAUACCCUUAUUCGCUGCUUAGCAGAGAGGGCAUAUUUGAGGUGUCUCGAAGGUGGCUGCAGUGUACCAGUUGGAGUUGACACUCAAUUUACAGAAGGUCGACUGCAGAUGACUGGGGGUGUGUAUAGUCUUGAUGGAAGCAAAGAAAUCAAGCAAACCAUGACAACAGAAAUACAACUGCCUGCCAGUGGCAGCACAAAAUUGGUGUCUUUCAAUGGCUUUGUUAUGGAAGAACGCUUUCUUCCUAUUGCCAAAGAGGCUACACAACUCGGCGUAAAUGUUGCCACAAAAGUGACAGAAAUGGGGGCGGGCACUAUUCUUCAGGCUGCAAGAGAAUCUAUAGAACAGAAGGAGAAAUAACAGCGAUGAGAAACUUGACAGAGUGUAUUGUUACUAGCACAAGAGUCAAUCAGUUGCAAUUGAUAGUAUAGUUUGUAGAUUGUCAUGCACUUGGAAUGCAAAUGAUGGAAAUUUGAUAUCUAUGCCAAUCGAUAAGACACUCACCUUUCUGAUAUUUACUCUUUGUCUGAGUGCUGACACACGUAAUUAAACGGAUGUAAGUACAUAAUAAAUU